AUGGACUCUCAGACAAUUCAACCGACACCAUGGGAAUGUGUUCAAUCUUCUCAGUCUCUAAGUAACAACCAAACUCCUCAAGAGAAUCGUAUCCGUUGGUCUCAGUCUCCAGAUUCUCACACUUUCUCUGUUGAUCUUCCUGGUUUGAGGAAGGAAGAUAUAAAAGUGGAGAUCGAAGAUUCAAUAUACUUAAUCAUACGAACGAAAACGACAGAGAUAUCGCAGGUUAGAAGUUUAAAGAGGAAAUUCCGGUUACCGGAAUCGAUAGAUAUGAUCGGAAUAUCAGCUAAUUAUGAAGACGGUGUGUUGACUGUGAUUGUACCAAAGAGGGUUUUGCUAAGGAGAAGUUUCUUCAUUGAUCCUUCUGAUGUUCCCCAAAGUCUUCACGUUCUUGCCAGAGCUGCUUAAAACAAGCUUUGUUUUUCCUUUUAAUCUUUGCUUUUCAAAGUCUGUUUUUUACUAGUAUACUCUUUUUAUUGCUACUUAACCGUUAUGUGCAGUUUUAUAUAUCAAUAAAAAUCCUAAGUUUGUUACA